CACUAAUACAUCCAACAUAAAAAUUAAGACCUAAGCUACUGCGGUAAACUGUGAUUACAAGCUUUAACAGCCUCUAGAGUGGAACAGAUCAAUUCAAAGUACUCUUUUUUUACUAAAUCCAAAAUUGAACUUUGAAUAGUUGAACAAAUAUUAGUAGUAUAGUAGUAUACCAUGCAAGACAAUAAAAGGUCUUACCCUUUACGCAUUUGGGCCAAGUCAAGAUCUCCAUAUUUAACAUUCCAGUCAACAUUCUUAAAGUUGACCCAGAUAAACCUAUAAAUAUACUCCAUAUAACAACCCCAACUACCAUUGUCAUCAACAUCAACAAAUCCAUCAAACACACAGAAAAAAAACACACCAGAUAUUGAAACAUGGUUUCUUUACAAUUACCCACAAAAAGUUCUCUUUCUUAUUCAAACAAAUUCAUUAUCACGAAAAAUGCAAUUAAUAUUCCAAAAUACCUAAAGUACCCAAAAAUAACAGUCCCAAAAGUACCAAAUCAAGCUCAAAAACAACUUCUUAUUGAGGAGCUUAAUAAUAAGCUUACUAAUCUCCCUUUAUUGUCAAGAGAAUCAAAACCAAUUACACCCAUCAAAAAUGUCCAAAACCAAACAACCAUUAAACUCUAUUAUUAUGCGAUCUUAGAAGAAAUAAAUGAUCGUAUAGAAAUGCACCAAAACAUAUGUAACCAACGUGAGAAUUGGAACUCGUUGUCGUUAAACUCAGUCAACAUGAUCACCUUAACUGCAGUUACCAUGGCAGGACUCGCCGAGGUGAGUGGGCCCCAUGGGUUAGGGUUGAGGGUAUCUUCAACCUUACUGUUUGUUGCAGGCACAGGAAUCCUUCUGAUAAUGAAUAAAAUCCAACCUUCUCAGUUGGUUGAGGAGCAAAGGAACGCGGUGAGGCUGUUCAAGAAGCUUCAACGAAAGAUCGAAACCGCCCUCGCAUUACAAACACCGGUUCAGAAAGACGUGGAGGAAGCGGUGGCGGAGGUGGUGGCGUUAGAUAGAGCGUAUCCGUUGCCGCUGUUGGGUGCCAUGCUUGAUAAGUUUCCUAAGACUUUGGAGCCAGCUGUGUGGUGGCCGUCUAAAAAACAACAGACAAUAAGUUCAUCAUCAGUUGAUAAUAAUACAUGUUUUUACAACAACAACAAAGGUGAUAAUGAGCAAAAUAAUGGUUGGAGUAAAGAGUUGGAAGAGGAUAUGAGAGAGAUUGUAGGAGUGACAAAGAGAAAAGAUGUUGUAGAUUAUGUUCACUUAGGGAAUAAAGCAUUGAAGUUUAAUAAAAUGUUGGCUGUCUCUGGCCCACUUUUGACCGGUGUGGCGGCAAUUGGGGCUGCUUUUGGUGGUCCAGUGGCAGGCCUUGUUGCCGCGGUUGCCGGAUCGAUGGCAGCUGCUGUAAACACCAUAGAGCAUGGUGGGCAAGUAGGGAUGGUGUUUGAGAUGUAUAGGAAUUGUGGUGGGUUUUUUAAGCUCUUAGAAGAGACUGUUGAGUCUACUUUAGAAGAGGGUGAUUUAGGGAAGAGAGAAAAUGGGGAGGUCUUUGAGAUGAAGAUGGCUUUGCAUUUGGGAAGGAGUUUGUCUGAACUAAGAGAUUUAGCUGACAAAUCAAGAAGAAAUGGAGGAUGUGUAGAUGAGUUUGCAAGCAAGUUGUUCUAAUCAUGCACAUAGUUGU